UCUUUCGACCACCUCGGUAGCUUGCUAGCCAACAUAAAACUGAAAGAUUGACGCUUUAGACCAUGUUAAUGUACAUUAGCUAAUCUCAGUGUUGUAAACGCAGUUCAUUUGACGUAUCAACUGGUUAACUUUAACCUAAUUUGCUUGUUCAAUUUGCUAAGUUGUUAAACACUGAUACUAGCCGCUAAUGCUACCUAGCACUAGGCUAGUCGCUAAUGCUAACUAACAUCCCUGACCAUGAGCUCACUAAACUACUACUCCCCUGCUAAAGAAGAGGAGGUCUGCUGGACGGAGAAAGAAGCUCUGGGACUGAACAUUGUCGUGAAAGAAGAAGAUGAUGUUAUUGAGGAAACAGAGGAAGAACAUUUUAGAGAGGAAGAGGAUGCUGUCGCAGUAGAGGUGAAGAAGGAAGACGUUUUGAGAGUGAAAGAGGAGGAGACAGAAUAUCAGAUUAACACCAGAGAGAGACAUGACUAUCGUGGAUCCUCUGGGGAGCCUCAACAACAUCCUGAUGCUGACGAGGCAGAGAAGAGUCUCUCCAGAUCAGAACACCAGAUGGACAACGCUAGCCCUUCCACCCUCCCGGAGUCCCUGUAUCGUGCCUCUCCCGGUAGCACCUUACUGCUGGGUAUGAAGAGGUUGUCUGUGCUGCUGGUGGACUGCAGGAAAACAACAGGACUGAGUGGAACUGUGAGAGGUGGAGAAGAGAAGAAAGGAUCAGAUUUGACACAUCAAAGAGAGAUACGGGACUACCGUGGAUCCUCUGGGGAGCCUCAACAACCUCGUGAUGCUGAAGAGGGAGAGAAGGGUCUCUCCAGAUCAGAACACCUCAAUAAACACCUGCAGAGAACUCACUGCUGCUCUGACUGUGGGAAGAGAUUCACCUCAUCAGGCAUUACAAUUCAUCAGAGAAUACACACAGGGGAGAAAUCUUAUAGCUGUGAUCAAUGUGGGAAGAGUUUUACAACAUCUGGCUCUCUGACUCAACACCUGAGAACACACACAGGAGAGAAACCCUCUAGCUGUGAUCAAUGUGGGAAGAGUUUUUGUCGAUCUGGAGAGCUGACAGUGCACCAGAGAACACACACAGGAGAGAAACCCUAUAGCUGUGAUCAAUGUGGGAAGAGUUUUACAACAUCUGGCUCUCUGACUCAACACCUGAGAACACACACAGGAGAGAAGCCCUAUAGCUGUGAUCAAUGUGGGAAGAGUUUUGUUCAAUCUGACCAGCUGACACGACACCAGAGAACACACUCAGGAGAGAAACCCUAUAGCUGUGAUCAAUGUGGGAAGAGGUUUGGUCGAUCUUGCCAUCUGACUCAACACCAGAGAAUACACACAGGAGAGAAACCAUAUAUCUGUGAUCAAUGUGGGAAGAGUUUUGGUCGAUCUGGAGAGCUGACAGUUCACCAGAGAACACACACAGGAGAGAAAUCCUCUAGCUGUGAUCAAUGUGGGAAGAGUUUUGGUCAAUUUUACCAACUGACACGACACCAGAGAACACACACAGGAGAGAAACCCUAUAGCUGUGAUCAAUGUGGGAAGAGUUUUAGUCAAUCUGGCCAGCUGACACGACACCAGAGAACACACACAGGAGAGAAACCUUACAGCUGUGGUCAAUGUGGGAGGAGUUUUAGUCAUUCUGGAGAUCUGAGAGUGCACAAGAGAAUACACACAGGAGAGAAACCUUAUAGCUGUGGUCAAUGUGGGAAGAGAUUUGCUUCAUCUGGCCAUCUUGUAUCACACCAGAGAAUACACACAGGAGAGAAACCAUACCUCUGCGCCCAGUGUGGAAAGAGUUUUAACCAGUUAGGAAGCCUGAAAGCUCAUGAGCGAAUACACACAGGGGAGAAGCCUUACCACUGCUCCCAGUGUGGAACUAGGUUUACCAGAUUAGGAAGCCUGAAAAGACAUGAGAGGAUACACACAGGAGCGAAGCCACACCAUUGCGCCCAGUGUGGAAAGAGUUUUAACAAGUUAGGAAACAUGAAAUCUCACGAGCGAAUACACACAGGGGAGAAGCCUUACCACUGCUCCCAUUGUGGAAAAAGUUUUAGGGAGUCAGGAAACCUGAACGCUCAUAAGCGAAUACACACCGGGGAGAAGCCUUACCGCUGCUCCCACUGCGGAAAGCGUUUUAACCAUUCAGGAAAGCUGAAAGAACACAUGAGACUGCACACAGGGGAGAACCCUUGCAAAUGCUCAGACUGUGGGAAGACAUAUUACUCAUCACGGUCACUUAAACGUCAUGUGAGAAUCCACACGGGAGAAUAAUUACUUCUAGUGUGUAGGUUUUUCACAUCACGUUGACUUAAAAUUCAUCAGAGAACAUACACAGUGCUCCCGUUGUCUUAUAUUGUUGACUGACAAUGUGUUUACCUGUUGAAACCAGAUGAAAUUGAAUUGUACAAAGUAUUCUUAAACAUAUAUUUGUAUGUUUUUAUUAGAAACCAUAAAUUGUAUAUGGAGUAUGUCAGCUUGAAUAUAGAGUAGAUCAGAUUCCAUGUGUUUAAAUGGUCCUUUUUUAAACUCUUUGUGUGUUUAUCUGGGUGUGUCAUUCCUCCAGCACUACAGAUAAUACAGUGAUAUUUGGAUGUGAUGCAUUUGUUCCAUUGUUGACAUUUUCAUUGUAGCCCACUGAUGAUUUAAUGAAAUUUAAAAUGUUCAGACUCUGUAAUGGAAAAUGUUAAUUGUAAACUCGGCAAAAAAAGAACCGUCCUCUCACUGUCAACUGCGUUUAUUUUAAAUAAACUUAAUGUGUAAAUAUUUGUAUGAAUG